CCUGCUCAUGACACGCUCGCAGAGACUCAGAGACGCAUAGCACACACUCAGAAGAGAGAGAGAGAGAGAGAGAGAGAGAGAGAACACACAGACCCAAAGAAAGAAAGACAGAAAGACAGACAGCACUCAUGGAUAUUCACACAGCCAAUACAAGGAAUAACCAAAUGGACUAUUUGGACGAAAUGGAUCUGAAAAAUGCAAAACACAUCGAGGAGCGCUUGGACAGCGGCGUGGACUCGUUAAAGGAGGACGAAUACCAACAAAUCGUGCAAGAAAUGGAGGAUCUGCGCUUUCCCAGAAGCACAGAGGACAGUGCGCUCAGUUACCAAGCCUGGAAACAUGAAGUGACCGAGGAUGGAGACACGUACCUGCAUCUCGCAAUCAUUCACGAGGCUGAAAAUGAAGCAGUCCAGAUCAUCAAGCACUGCGUCAACGACUCGUUCCUCAACAGACAGAACCACCAAAGACAGACCGCGCUCCACUUGGCCGUCAUCAUGGAGCAGCCACAUAUCGUGGAAAAGCUGCUGAAGGCCGGUUGCGACCCACGUUUGGUGGAUCAGAGUGGAAACACAGCGCUGCACAUCGCCUGCCGGAGAGGAUCGUUGGCCUGCUUCGCCGUACUCACACAAAUUAACACACAGCACCUGCGCAGCAUCCUGUCUGUCCCCAACUACAGUGGACACAUGUGUCUGCACAUAGCAUCCAUCUGUGGCUUCCUGUCGUUGGUGGAGAGACUUGUGCAACUGGGUGCAGAUAUAAAUGCCAAGGAACAGUGUAGCGGCCGCACGUGCCUCCACCUGGCCGUGGAUCUCCAGAACCUGGCUCUCGUGCAGCACUUGAUAGCUUUGGGCGCUGAUGUCAACAGCGUGACCUACGGAGGCCACGUACCUUAUCACCUCACCUUCGGCCGGCAAAACGGCGAAAUCAGGCAGCAGCUGUUCAUGAGGACGGCAUCGGCGCUGCGCGAGUUUCCCGACUCCGAGAGCGAGAGCGAGGACGAGCUCAUGUCUGAUGAUGAAUGUGGAUACGAUGACAUUCACUUUGUCGGGAAGUGAAGUGAACUAAAAAACAACAACAACGGUGCUAUGUUUUCCCAUGAAGCAAAGCAGAAGGCAGCUGGUCCUCAUAAUCUCAGCCCUGGAUCACGUGACGUGACGUGACGUGACGGCUCAGACUCCUCUACACACAACAUGGAGAUGGUAGAAAGAAACAUGAGGCUGAAAUCAGUGCUCAGGAAGCUGGGGAUUAUGGGAAAUUGUUUCUCCUCCUCAAAAGUGACUGUACCUGAGAUUCGUGUAUUAUAUUGUAAAAAAAAAAGAACAAGAAGAAGAAGAAGAAGAAGAAGUAAAAUUUAUAUUUUUAUACUUGUAAAUAUGAAUUAUGACACUAUUGUAAAUUAUGAAUAUAUUAUUAUGUAUUAAAUUCUGCAUAAAACGUUCCAUUCCAUUCCAUUGAA